AUGAAACUCCUCCCUCUUACCUUCCUUCUAGCCCUAACCACCGCGGCUCCCAUCUCGACCCGCGACACCUUAACAGAGGCCCAACUGAUAUCCAUCGCCCCUAAAUCCUCCUCCUGCGAUGAUGCCCCCGCCGAAGGCGAAUGCGCAACAGCCAAACAAGCCGCGCAGUUCACCUCCCAAUCUUUCGACACCUACAAGGUGACCUCGAAAGCCGAACAAGCAGCCGUGAUCAGUCUGAUGGCGUUCGAGAGUGACGACUUCAAAUAUAACAAGAACCAUUACCCCGGUGUUGCCGGUCAAGGAACGCGCAAUAUGCAAUUCCCUGAAUUCAACAAGAAAUACGCAGCCUCGAUCCCGGCGCUGAAGGACAAGAUCGCUGGCGUUUCGGACCCGGCAGAUCUGCUGGAUCUGUUGAGGAAUGAUGGAGCCACUGACUUCGGGUCCGGGGCUUGGUUCCUUACUACGCAGUGUUCUAAGGAUGUGCGCUCGGCGCUGGCCGAUGGCUCUGAGGCCGGGUGGCAGAAGUAUACCACCGAAUGCGUGGGAACAACGGUCACCGAUGAUCGAAAGGCGUACUGGCAGAGAGCUGUCAAGGCACUUGGAGUAUGA